AUGUAUGAUAUAAAUGAACUAGAAACAUCAUGGAAAACUUUAAAAGAAAAAGCUGAGAAUACUAGAAUUAAUAAUCAACAUUUUUUGACAUCUCUUAGGGAUAAGUCUGCCACUAACAACAAACCUAAGGUUUAUAGCAUGACAGACGAGUUUGAUAAAGAUGAAUUACCAAUUAAUGAUGAAAAUGCUCGUAAAAAUCAUUCAGAAGAAGAAAGAAUAUCUAAAUUGAUGAAUUACACUUUAAGAGAGUAUAAAGAUUGGGAGUUAAAACAAAACGAAUACACUACUGAAUCUCAGACUAAUUCUAAAGAUGACCAAAUCGAAUCACUGGAUAGCCUUGCAAAAAGAACUUACGAUAAAGAUAUCAGGAAACUAAAUAAAGCUUUACGUGCUACAAACUCAGGCAACAAAUCCAAUAAACCUGGGAAAAUUAUUAAAAAUCACAGGAAUGAAUCUAAUAAGAUAGUUAUUAAAGAUGAUAAAUUUUUGGUAGAAGAAUUAGUUAAUAAUUUAAAGACUAAAAGUGAUAGAUUAUAUAAACAUUUAGGUGAAAGGAGAAAGAAUUACUCUACUACAUUAAGUGGGCACGUCAAUACAAAAAAUCAAGAAUUUAAUGAGAAAUUAACUAGGGAAUGGAAAAAGCUCAGCAAUUCGAUAGAUCAUAUAUGA